AUGGCCGAGUUCUACAGCUCCCCCGUGUACCAGAAAGUCGAGAUGGACAACAGCGGCGCCGCGAAGUCCAUCAUCGACAACUUGGACCUCCACCUGUUCGACGACGAGAGCUACGAGAUCCACGACCCAGAGGAUUGGAUCCGGUUAGGUUGCAGGAGCAAUGGGAGCGUGCGGAUCCCAGCCACCGCAGCGUAUUACAACGUUCGAGGUGCUGUUAACGGUUGGCUCGAGGCAUAUGUUAUCGGAUACAAGGCCGAAACGCAGCUCUUCUCGGUGGAGUUCCAGCGCAAUGGCAAGGCAGAGACCAAGGAGUGCAGACGACUGGACGUGUGCUUCAAGUCGGAAGACCCGAGCAACUUUGCCGAUCGGUAUCUAGCGGCGCAACUCGCUCGAGUCCAAGCGCAGAAUUUACUGCGGAAGAAUUUCUACAUUGAUUGUAUGCCCCUGGAGGAGCUACACAAGCUCGGAAACGCGAGUCUGGGGAAGAUCGUUCGACUAGCGACGGCGGUGUUUCACGGCAAGAGCCUUCGCAUCCCAGAUACGACUCGAAUUGUGCACGAGAUCCAGCUCAACUACUUGCGGACCAUGAGCCGCAUCGUCUUCGAGUCGCACCAGGAAAUGGGUCGGAACUCGGAUAUUUUCCGUGGGUUUCUGUCCAAAGAGGAGGAAACUCCAGCUGAGCCGUGCUCCAGAGUAGUCGUGCCUUUCCCGAACAAGUCCAAGAGGACCAUCGCUCCCCCCGUCGACUACGCAGACCAGUUCAUUGGGUUCUCGUUCCAAACCUUCUUGACGUCCCCCGAAGCUCUCUCAGCUCUGAUUAAGGUUAACGAAGAGUGCUGUCGGAUCUUACAGCUCGAGCUCUUCAGCGUGAAGCCCGGGCGAAGUGUCAAACUCGAGGAGUUCCAGCAGCGACAACAGGCACUCGAACGCGCCGUGCUCAAGACGAUCACGGAGGAGUGGCCGGUCAAAGUCGCGUCGAUCAUCAAAGCCUCGCUGGGGAAUGUGGGCAAAGGCUGGUACUACCUGCAGGAGACGCGGCAAGACACGUACGAGUUCAGCAAGCUGCGGUCUCUGCUACGACGAAUGAAUUUCUCGAUGAAGGACACGCUCCGCUAUCUAACGGACCAUUCGCUACAUCAGUUCCACGACUUUAUCAAGAACGCGACAAUAGGAGACGUGCACAUCGUUGACGCCAAGACCGCGUUCGUAGGGUACCCGGACUUGAACCGCAAUAAGCUCGGGGAUAUCAAGUGGCAGCACAUGUGCUUAGAGAGGCAGCUUCUCUCACCGACCUCAUUGUUUACAGUCAAUUUGAGCGUAUCGACGGAGCUCUAUGUGAUAAACCAACGCGAAGUGAACGCUGCCGCUCAGAGAGUGGCUAGUUGGCGGCCGAAAGACCCGGAUGACACCUCGGAGGAGAAUCCCCACCGCCUCAUCGACCCGAAACUUGGCCACAUCUUCUCCUUCAGCACCAACAUCGCGACUUUUAAGACGGCCGUGGAGCAGAUGGUCAUGAGCAAGCUCUUUUGGAGCAGCAUGCCGUGUCUCUCCUGUGUCAGUGCGAACGAGGACUGGGCAAUCGCUUUGCGUGAGAGUAUCGACGCGCUGAUGGAUAAAGCUGCAACCCCACUACGCGCUUAUCUGCAGUGCUACGAGAUGUACAUCCCGUUCAUCAACGUCAAAGAGGAGGAGUACCUCGCGGAAUUCCAAGCACAGCAGCCUCCCAACCUCUCAAUGAUCCAGGAAGCCAUCAAAAAGCACUACCAGGACGCAAACACAGUGGAGGAUCUGAUCCCGACCACGAAUGUCGAGCUGGGGAUGUACUCGGUCAACUGCUUGAGCAUCCGCACGCUGCUAGCGGAGAAGCACCGACGUCUGGCCAAGAAGCUGCUGGACUUGCAGCUCAAGAACUCGACGGGCCUGGCCAAGGAGCUGCUGGAGAAGUUCGAGAUGGUCAACCGCCAACUGCAGAAGACGCCGCAGAACAUCGAGGAGCUGACCGAGAUGAACGCGUACUUGGAAGGCGUGCCCGCGCAAAUCGCGCCACUGAUGACUCAGAGCCAACAGCUUAUCAAGUACCGCCUCGUGCUCGACCAUUUCCAGUACCCGUACGACCGCGACGACUUCAUGACGAUCUGGAAGGUGCGGCUCUGUCCCAACAAGAUCAACGAGCAGAUGAAGCGCAUGACGCACAUGCUGCAGAUGCAGAAGACCCAAUUCUCGACCGAGAUGAACGAGCAACAAGCCGAGUUCGCCGAGUCGCUGCGGAUUCUGCACAGCGAGGUAGACGGCUUCCGGCAGUACACGGAUGUGGCCCGCUUGGAUCAAGUGUACAAGUACGUAGUGAACAUCGAGCAGAAGAUCGCCAAGGCGGACGAGGACUCCAAGCUCUUCAACUCGCGCGAGUCUUUGUUCGGCCAGGAGAUCACGGACUACGACGAGAUCCAGAAGAUCCGCCGCGACUUCGAGCCGUACUCGCUGCUGUGGAAGACGGCCAACAACUGGCUCCGAGAGCACAAGAAGUGGAUGGAAGGCGCGUUCCUGGACAUCAACGGCGAGGAGAUCGAGACGUUCGUCGAGGCCAAUUGGUCGUCCAUCCAGAAGGCGCUCAAGCAGUUCGAGAAGCUCAAUGUGAAGGGCUGUUCCAGCAUCGCGUCGACUAUCAAAGACGACAUCGCAGCCUUCAGGCCGCAUGUCCCGCUCAUCUUGUCCAUGCGGAACCCGGGCAUGCAUGACCGCCACUGGAGUCAGAUCAACCAGGAGAUUGGUAUGACGUUCCGGCCUGAUCGAGGGAUGAAGCUGAGCUACGUGCUCGGCCUGGGCCUGGAGAAGCACAUUGACGCAAUCUCACGCAUCGGUGAGACGGCCGGCAAAGAGUACCAGAUAGAGAAGACGCUCAACUUGAUGGAGGAACAGUGGUCCGGCGUGAACUUGACCAUUGUCGACUAUCGCGAGACGGAGACGUAUGUGCUGAAAGGCGUGGACGAGAUCCAAGCUCUGCUCGAUGAACAGAUCACUACCACCCAGGCCAUGCAGUUCUCUGCCUUCAAGAAGCCGUUCGAGGAGCGGAUCAACCGGUGGGAACGCACGCUUAGCACAGUGUCUGACGUGUUGGACGAGUGGAUCCAGGUGCAGCGUAGUUGGCUCUACCUCCAGCCCAUCUUCGACUCGCCCGACAUCAACAAGCAGCUCCCCACUGAAGGCAAGCGGUUUGCUACUGUGGACAAGAACUGGCGCCAGACGCUCGCUGCGGCCAAGCAGAAGCCCAGCGCCAUCACGUUCUGCAAUAAUGACAAGCUACUGGACCGCUUCCAGGAGAGCAACCGGUUCCUGGAGCAGGUGCAGAAGGGAUUGAGCGACUUCCUCGAGACGAAGCGCUCGGCCUUCAGUCGGUUUUACUUCCUGUCAAACGAGGAGCUGCUGUCGAUCCUUUCCGAGAGUAAGGACGUCAAGUUAGUGCAGCCUCAUCUGAAGAAGUGCUUUGAAGGCAUCGUGUCGGUGGAGUUCCAGGAGGACCUGACGAUCACGGCCAUGAUCUCGGCUGAAGGCGAGAAGGUGGCCAUGUCGAAGCCCGUGAACCCCGUGGGCAAGAACGUCGAGCACUGGAUGACGGAGGUGGAGGACAUGAUGCGAGUGUCGAUCCGCGACGUCAUGUACCAGGCCAUCCAGGAUUACACCAAAAUCUCGCGGACCAAGUGGAUCCAGAAGUGGCCCGGCAUGUGCGUAUUGAACGGCAGUCAGUUCCACUGGACGCGUGAGAUGGAGGAGGAGAUGGCCGCGUCGGGCAGUGACGGCGUGAAGCGGAUGAUGGAGCGACAGCUAGCGCAGCUCGCGGAUAUGGUGCAGAUGGUGCGCGGCCAUCUUGAUAAACUGGCGCGCGUGAGUGUAGGAGCCUUGGCCGUGAUUGACGUCCACGCUCGAGACGUGACGAUGCGGCUCGUGAACAACAAAGUGAGCUCCAAGGACGACUUCAUGUGGUCCAGCCAGCUACGGUACUACUGGGAAGACGAUCUGUUUGCCGACAUGGUGUCUGCCCGUCGGCCAUACGGCUACGAGUAUCUCGGCAACUCGUUCCGGUUGGUGAUCACGCCGUUGACGGACAAGUGUUACAUGACAUUGAUGGCAGCACUGCAGAUGACGCUCGGUGGAGCUCCUGCCGGGCCGGCCGGAACAGGUAAGACCGAGACGACGAAGGAUCUGGCCAAAGCUCUGGCUAAACAGUGCGUGGUGUUCAACUGCUCCGACGGACUGGACUACAUCGCCAUGGGCAAGUUCUUUAAGGGCCUAGCUGCGUGUGGUGCCUGGGCAUGCUUCGACGAGUUCAACCGCAUCAAUAUCGAGGUGUUGUCCGUGAUCGGUCAGCAAGUUACGACGUUGCAGCUGGCCAUCCGCGCAGGAGACAAACGCAUCGUGUUUGAGGGCUCGGAUAUCGCAGUGAAUCCUCAGUUUGGCGUGUUCAUCACAAUGAAUCCAGGUUACGCGGGCCGCUCCGAUCUGCCCGACUCGCUGGCCGCGCUGUUCCGGCCCGUGGCCAUGAUGGUGCCGGACUACGCCAUGAUCGGAGAGAUCAUGUUUUUCGCGUAUGGCUACGAGAAGGCCAAACAGUGCGGCGCGAAGAUGGUCACGACAUUCAAACUGUGCUCGGAGAUGCUGUCGUCCCAGUCUCACUACGACUACGGCAUGCGCGCUGUCAAGACGGUCAUCACUGCAGCUGGUAACUACAAGAGAUCAGACCCAGAUAUGGACGAAGAGGUGUUGCUGCUACGUGCGCUGCAGGACGUGAAUCUGCCCAAGUUCCUGGCCCACGACAUUCCGUUGUUCGGCGGUAUUAUCAGUGACCUGUUCCCGGGGAAAAGCCGGCCACAGCUCAACCUUGGAGCGCUCAUCCGCGUGAUCAAGCUGACCAUCGAGAAGCAGCACUUGCAGGUGCAUCCGUUCUUCCUCAUGAAGGUCGUGCAGCUAUACGAGACGCUCUGUGUGCGUCACGGGCUUAUGGUUGUCGGGUCUACAGGAGGCGGCAAAUCCGCGAACUUGAACGUUCUAGCCGACGCUCUCACGGAGCUAAAGCAGCUUGGUGAGAUCGGCCACGCGUAUGAGCGGGUCAUACGCUACCAGCUCAACCCAAAGUCGAUCACCAUGGGUCAGCUUUACGGCGAAUUCGACGCUAACACACACGAGUGGCAGGACGGCGUCUUGUCCACUUUGUAUCGUGAAGCGGCCAGCGACACCAAGUCGGACCGCAAGUGGGUGAUCUUCGAUGGCCCCGUGGACGCAAUCUGGAUCGAGAACAUGAACACGGUGCUGGACGACAACAAGAAGCUGUGCCUGGCCAGCGGAGAGAUCAUCCAGAUGUCCAACGAGAUGACCAUGAUGUUCGAGGUGGAGGAUCUGUCCGUGGCGUCUCCGGCCACCGUCAGUCGGACAGGUAUGGUGUACAUGGAGCCGAGCUCCUUGGGCUUCGACCCCCUCGUCAUGAGCUGGCUCGAGAAACUUGUUCGAGAGAUCGGCAUAGGCAGUGCCCCACCCGUAGUUGAGCUGUGCUUACAACUGCAUCAUUUGCUCGACGUGUACUUGCGGCCAGCUCUGCAGUUCGUCACCAGCUACGUCAAGGAGUGGCUGCCUCAGAUCCCGUCCAAUCUGGUGCAGAGCUUGCUACGAUUGCUCGACUGUUUCUUCUUCCCGAUGCAAGGAGACGAAAAGAAGGAGGUGAAGCUGGAGAAAGUGACGUUCUACCUGAGGAACGUCGAGAGUCUCUUCCUCUUCUCGCUCAUUUGGUCCGUUGGUGCAACGGGCAACGACGCAGGCCGCGACCGCUUCGACGUCUACCUCCGCGAAGAAAUCAUCGGCAACAACGUCAAGAAGCCCUUCCCAGCUGCGGGCCAAGUGUACGACUACUCGUUCGACCUGGCCAAAGAGACAUGGGUGCCAUGGCUGCAGACUAUCCCCACGUUCACUAUCGACGCCUCGGCUUCGUUCUCGGAGUUAGUGGUGCCUACCAGCGACUCCGUUCGCUCGACCUUCUUGAUGAACUUGACGCUACCUCUGGGCGUGCACAUGCUGAUUGUGGGACCAACGGGGACGGGCAAGACCAUCAACGUGAACCAGUUCCUGGUGAAGUCCAACCCGGACAAGUUCAUCCCGUUGAACAUGGCCUUCUCAGCUCAGAGCAGUGCCAACCAGACACAGGACUUCAUUGAUUCCAAGAUGGAGAAGCGGAGGAAGGGCGUCUUUGGCCCCACCGCCGGCAAGAAGUUCAUCAUCUACGUGGACGACCUCAACAUGCCCAAGCAGGAGGAGUACUUCGCCCAGCCGCCGAUUGAGAUCUUGCGCCAGUGGUUCGACCAAGGAGGCUGGUACGAUCGCAAGCUGCUCACGUUCCGCACGAUCAUCGACGUCGUGUUCGUGUGCUCCAUGGGCCCGCCCGGAGGUGGCCGCAACCCGAUCACGCAGCGCUUCGUCCGCCACUUCAACAUCGUCGGGUACACGGAGAUGUCCAACGAGAGCAAGGCCAUCGUGUUCGAGACGAUCGUGGGCAACUUCUUCAGCCGUUUCUCAGAGGAGAUCCGGCCCCCGCAGAUAGCGAAGAAGCUGGUACAAGCGUCCAUUGUCAUCUACAACACCGUCAUUGCGGAGCUGCUGCCUACGCCGGCCAAGUCUCACUACACGUUCAACUUGCGAGACCUGGCCAAGGUUUUCCAGGGGGUUCUCAUGGGCGAUUCGAAGCGUAUCGCCAAGCUCGAGCAAAUGCUGCGGCUCUGGGUCCACGAGAACAUGCGCGUGUUCAAGGAUCGCUUCACUACGCCGAGCGACCACCAGUGGUUCAUCGAUCUGCUCCAGACUCAGGUCGCUACAGUCUUCGGUGAGUCGCUGGGGAUUCAGGGGGCGUCGACAGGCUCCGAUGCUGCGAAGAAAGCGGCGUGGGACCUCGUGCACCCGACACCCACGCUGUUCUACGGCGACUACAUGGUGCCAGGAGCAGACCCGAAGAUCUACGAGGAGAUCGCGGACGUUGAGAAGCUCCAAGCUCAGGUGGAAGAGUAUCUGAACGACUACAACGCUGAGAGCAGCGCUCCGAUGAACCUCGUGCUGUUCAUGAACGCCAUUGAGCACGUGUCACGCAUCGCUCGAGUGAUCCGACAGCCGCAGGGCAACGCCUUGCUACUGGGUGUGGGCGGCAGCGGUCGACAGUCACUGACUCGACUAGCUGCGUACAUGGCGGAGUACGCGUGCACUCAGAUCGAGAUCUCGAAGGGCUACGGAGUGGCGGAAUGGCGAGACGACCUCAAGAAAUGUUUGAUGAAGGCUGGUAUCGAUGAGAAGCCCCUCGUCUUCCUCUUCUCCGACGUGCAGAUCGUACACGAAGCCAUGCUGGAAGAUAUCAACAACGUACUGAACUCGGGUGAUGUUCCGAACCUGUACGCGGCAGAAGAUCUGGACCAGAUCAGCCAGCACUGCCGCCCCUACUGCGUGAAGAAGAGGAUCCCUCCAACCAAGCUGAACACGUUCGCUCAGUAUAUCCUUUUGGUGCGUCAGAACCUGCACCUCGUGCUCUGUAUGAGUCCGCUGGGAAGCUUGUUCCGAGACCGCAUUCGUAUGUUCCCCUCGCUGGUGAACUGCUGCACCAUUGACUGGUUCAGCGAGUGGCCGGCCGAGGCGCUGCAGUCCGUGGCUGCUAGCGCCCUAUCCUCUGGGGACUUCCAACUAUCAGGAGAGCCGACGACACCUGCGGCCGAGGAAGAAUCAACGGAGGCCAAGGCGGCCAAAGCUGCAGCGGCGAAGUCUGUGGUCAGCAUCUUCCAGACCAUCCACCAGAGUGUUGAACGCGAGUCUGUGGAGUUCUUUGAGAAGCUGCGAAGGUAUAACUAUGUGACUCCCACGAGUUAUCUGGAGUUGCUGCAUACGUUCAAGACCGUGUUGCUGUUGAAACGGGAGGAGGUGCAGUCCAAGCGCUCACGCCUGCAGAAUGGUGUGGACAAGAUCAUUGCCACGAAGGAGCAGGUGGCCGGCAUGCAGGAGCAGCUCGUGGCCCUCAAGCCCCAGCUGGAGAAGACGCAGAUCGAGGUGGAGGAGAUGAUGAAGCAGAUCACGCUCGACAAGAAAGACGCCGACGAGACGAAGGCCGUCGUCGAGAAGGAAGAGCAGAUCGCCAACAAAAAGGCCGCCGAGACCAAGGAGAUCGCCGAUGAUGCACAACGCGAUCUGGAUGAGGCGUUGCCGGCUCUUGAAGCGGCUGUGCAGUGUCUGAACAAGCUCAAGAAGUCUGAUAUCGAUGAGGUCAAGGCGCUGAAGAACCCGCCGCACGGUGUUAAGCUGACCAUGGAGGCUGCGUGUAUCAUCUUCGGCAUCAAACCUACCAUGAAGGCCGACCCUGACAAGGCAGGCCAAAAGGUAAAGGACUACUGGGAGAGCGCGCAGAAGACCAUUCUGGGUAACGCCAAGAAGCUGAUGGAGGACAUGGUCAAGUUCGACAAGGAUAAUAUCGGCGACAAGAUCAUCCAGGAGCUGGACCGGUACAUCGAGAUGGAGGAGUUCUCCCCCGCAGCAGUGAGGAAGGCCAGUGUGGCCUGCGAGGCCAUCUGCAUGUGGGUGCGGGCCAUGCACACGUACCACAACGUGGCCAAGAUGGUGGAGCCCAAGAAGAUCGUCCUCGCUGCGGCCCAAGCAGAACUGGACGUCACAAUGCGGGUGCUGGCCGAUGCCAAGGCGCGACUCCAAGCCGUUGUCGAGCGACUGGCGGAGCUCGAACGCAACUACAACAACGCAGUGGACAAGAAAGAUCAGCUAGUACGGGACGUACGGCAGUGUGAGAUCCGUCUCGAGUCCGCGCUGAAGCUCAUUGGCCUGCUUGGUGGCGAGGAGAGUCGAUGGGCGGCCACAAUCCGCCAGUUGAAUCUGGACUACACCAACUUGGUGGGCGAUGUGGUGAUCUCUGCGGCCACGAUCAGCUAUCUAGGCACCUUCACCAGUGAGUUCCGUGAAUCUUGCGUGGCCACUUGGUACUCGGCAUUGGAGAAGCUCCAGCUCCCACACACCCGAGGCUGCAACAUCAUCACAACGCUGGCCGACCCGGUGAAGGUGCGUGGGUGGCAGAUCGCGGGCCUACCGUCGGACAACCUGUCAGUACAGAAUGGCCUCAUCAUGGCCCGUGCAAGACGAUGGUCGCUGCUGAUUGAUCCGCAAGGCCAGGCCAACAGAUUCAUCAAGAACUUGGGCAAGGACUCAUCAGAAAACGGCCUGGACGUGGUCAAGUUGACGGAUAAGGGGUUCUUAAAGACGCUGGAGAACGGCAUUCGCUUUGGCAAAUGGAUUCUACUGGAGAAUGUCGGAGAAAGUCUAGACGCGACGCUGGAGCCGGUGUUGCUCCAGAACAAGUUCCGUCAAGGCGGCCAAGUUGUCAUGAAGCUAGGCGACUCGACCGUGCCCUACAAUCCGGCUUUCCGCUUCUACAUGACCACAAAGCUGCCCAACCCGCACUACCCACCGGAGACGUCAGUCAAAGUGACUCUACUCAACUUCACCAUUACGCCUAAGGGACUAGAAGAUCAAGCCUUGGGUGUUGUAGUGCAGGAAGAGAUGCCGGAGCUGGCCGAGAAGAAAAACUCGCUCGUGGUGGCCAAUGCGCGCAUGAAGGCUGAACUGGUGGAGAUUGAGAACAAGAUUCUGUACAUGCUGGCCAACUCAAAGGGGAACAUUCUAGAUGAUACCGAGCUGAUCGACACACUUGGGAAGGCCAAGGUGACGUCUGAGGAUAUCAACGAGAAGAUGGCCGAGGCGGAGAUCACCGAAAAAGCGAUUGAUGAGUCGCGCGAACGCUACCGAGGCGUGGCUUUCCGUGCGUCCUUGCUCUUCUUCUGCAUUGCAGACCUGUCCCUGGUUGACCCCAUGUACCAGUAUUCGCUCCCGUGGUUCGUAUCGCUGUUUAUCAAGAGCAUCCACAGCGCCACAGAGAGCGAUCAGCUUGAGAUGAGACUGGCCCACCUGAAUGAUUCGGCCACGUACUCACUCUACAGGAACAUUUGUCGGUCACUCUUUGAAGAGCACAAGCUGCUGUUCUCCUUCUUGCUCACUAUCAAGCUGCUGAUGGGCUCUCGACGGAUAGAUCUACUCGAGUGGCGCUUCUUGAUCUCUGGUUCGACCUCUAGCUCCAUCGAGGCGCCCAACCCGGAUACAAAUUGGAUUGAAGACCGAAUGUGGCGAGAAGUGUGUGCACUGUCGUCGUUGCCAGCCUUCGAGACGCUGGCCACGUCGAUGGCCAACAACACUCCGCAGUGGAGGAAGAUCUUCGAUUCUGCGGAUCCGCAGGUUGAGCGGAUACCGUUGGCGUUAGACCUGACGCUCAAUUCGUUCCAGAAGCUCUGCGUUUUACGCUGCAUACGACCCGACCGCAUGACGGAGGCCAUGCAGAACUUCGUGGCGGAGCAUAUCGGCCGUCGGUUUAUCGAGCCACCGCCGUUCGACCUCGCAGGCUCGUUCGCUGACUCAACGGUGAUCACGCCGAUCAUCUUCGUGCUGUCCACGGGUUCCGACCCGGCCAAGGAGCUACUCGUGUUCGCCGAGACGAUGAAGAUGAAUCGGAAGCUCAACUCGAUCUCGUUGGGCCAAGGCCAAGGUCCGCUGGCCUCCAAGAUGAUCGAGGAGGCCGUGACCAGCGGCAAGUGGGUGCUGCUACAGAACUGCCACUUGGCCAUCAGUUGGAUGCCGCAGCUCGAGCGCAUCUGUGACGAGUUGAACCCUGACGCAACGCACCGCGACUUCCGCUUGUGGCUAACUAGCAAGCCCAGCACAGCGUUCCCCACCUCAGUGCUGCAGAACGGGGUGAAGAUGACUAAGGAACCGCCCAAAGGCAUCCGCGCCAACUUAAGGAACUCGUAUAUCAAGCUCACAAACGAUACGCUGGACGCUACGUCCAAGCCCGAUCAGUUCCGGAAGUUGCUGUUCGGGCUCAGCUUCUUCCACGCGGUUGUAAUUGAGCGCAAGCGCUUCGGGCCGCUGGGCUGGAAUAUCCCGUACGCCUUCAACGACACAGACUACGACAUCAGCCGAGCUCAGCUUGAGAUGUUCCUGGACUUCUACGACGAAGUCCCGUACAAGGUUUUGUGCGUCAUGACGUCGGUGGUCAACUACGGCGGGCGCGUGACGGACGACAAGGAUAUGCGGACGAUCGACGUGAUCCUCGAGGGCUUUUUCAACCCGCAGAUCCUGGAAGACGGCUACAAGUUCUCGUCCAGUGGCUCGUACUUCUCGCUCACAGCGGACCCGGACGACCCGCUCUCAAGUUACCUCAGCUAUAUUGACGAGUUGCCGCUGAACCCGGAGCCUGAGGUCUUCGGGAUGCACGACAACGCCAACAUCACGUGCGCGCUGGCUGAAACAUUCCAUACGUUUGACAUCAUCUUGGCCCUGCAACCCCGCGCAGCCGCAGGUGCCGGCGGCCAGUCACGCGAAAGUCUCAUCGAGCAGCAGGCCCAAUCCAUCAUCGAUCGACUGCCCCCGCUGUUCGAGGUCGAGCACAUCAGCCUGCGAUACCCUGUCAUGUACGAGGAAUCGAUGAACACAGUGCUAGUGCAAGAGGUGCAGCGCUACAACGCACUGCUCCGGGUACUCCAGGUCUCUCUACCAAGUCUGCAACGUGCUUUACGAGGUCUCAUCGUCAUGUCACCGGAGCUCGAAGCGAUGGCCACCUGCUUGUUCAACCAAAAGGUGCCGCCACAAUGGGAGAAGAAGGCAUACCCGUCGUUGAAGGCUCUGGGUGGCUGGGUGGACGAUCUACUGGAGCGUCUGCGCUUCCUCACGACGUGGGUGGCCGACGGCAUUCCUCCGGUCUUCUGGCUGUCGGGGUUCUUCUUCCCACAGGGUUUCCUGACGGGUAUUCUCCAGAACCACGCGCGGCAGUUUGGCCUGGCCAUCGACUCGUUGUCGUUCGACUUCCUCAUGCACGACCAAGCGGCCGAGAGCAUCAAACACAAGCCGUCCAAGGGAGGCUGCUACAUGACGGGGCUCUUCCUGGAAGGAGCGCGCUGGGAUAAGGCAGCGCACUCGCUCGUGGACCCACUACCGAAGGAGCUGUUCGCUCGAAUGCCGGUAGUGCAUUUGCUGCCGACCCAGGACCGACAAGCACCGCAGAGCGGCAUCUAUCGCUGCCCAGUCUACAAGAUCCUUACGCGGACAGGAACGCUGUCAACAACGGGCCACUCGACCAACUUCGUCUUCUGGAUCGAGAUUCCGUCCGACAAACGGACAAUCUUCCGGAACUCGCUGGUUUCGGAGACGAAUCUGCAGCUACAGUUCGCUGACCAGGACUACUGGAUCAAGGCCGGCGUGGCCUGCUUCCUCUCACUCAUGUACUAG